AUGUCUUCUUUGAAGAAUUACAAGAGCAACAUUGCCGAUACAUCCACCCAUCCCUUUAAUCAGCCCAUCACAGAAUCCUCAAACGUUGAGACGCUUCCUUCCAGUAAUACUGCCAACACUACUCUCUCAGUAGCCACAACUACCACCCAACCAUACUCUCCCCCAUCAAAUCAAAACAAUCAUCACACCACCGCCAAAAUCCCUUCAGACAAACCUAUUGGCUUUGUCAAAUACUCCAAACAACAAGUGAUAUCAUCACCUGCUUUAUCCUCGUCUUCGCACACGUCCACAAACACAACAACCCCUAAUUUAACCCCUCUUUCUAGCCCUUCCAAUACUUCCUUGAGCCAACCAUCCUCUUCCGCUUUACGUGAUAUUACUUCAUCAGACACCACUACUCCUUCGACAUCAAGCUUUUCAGAAUCUUCUAACAACAACAACAAUAGCAAUGAAAAACAUUUCACGCCUCUUUAUCCUUCUCAAAACGCUCUCAAGACACUGACACUAGGAUUGUCAGUUUUCUACAAGUCUUGUGCUCGUGAAAAUAUUCAAAUACUCACAGUUCCAAGUGAAGGAGUUCAUAAUGGAGGGCAUGACAACAUAGAGGGAAAUCUUAUACUUUUUACAGGUGCCAUUCUUGGAGACCGAUAUCAUGUGCUUGGUUUAUUGGGACAGGGAACUUUUGGCCAGGUAGUGAAAUGUGAAGAUCUCUUUACAAAACAAACUGUAGCUGUAAAGGUUAUAAAAAACAAAACAGCGUACGUAAGGCAAGCACAGAUAGAAAUUUCUGUGUUGGAUGAUUUAAAAAACCAUGGCAAAGAACAACAUCAUCAUAUUAUUACCAAGCUUGACCAAUUUACUCACAUGAAUCAUCUGUGUAUCGUUGUGGAGUUGUUGGGAAUGAAUUUAUUUGAGCUUAUCAAGCAGAAUAGAUUUAUUGGGCUUUCUCUUAAUCUUAUUUCUGUAUUUUUGUCUCAGAUGUUGGAUGCUCUGUGUUUGUUAGCUGAUGCUGAUAUUAUUCAUUGUGACUUAAAACCAGAAAAUAUUUUAUUAACAGACUUAUCUCAUCCAAAAGACCUGUUACGGGUGAUAGACUUUGGAUCCGCGUGUUACGCAAGAAAUUCUGAAUUUGCAGGAAAUUUUUAUAUCCAAUCUCGAUUUUAUAGAGCUCCAGAAGUUCUUUUAGGAUUAAGGUACAACAAGUCAAUAGAUAUGUGGUCAUUAGGUUGUAUUUGUGCGGAACUUUUCUUAGGAUUGCCUUUGCUUCCUGGAGUAAAUGAGUAUAAUCAAUUAGCAAGAAUUGUAGAAAUGUUCGGAACACCUCCUCCCUACAUGAUAGAGUAUGGCAAAUUUGGAUCAAAGUACUUUAAUCAAAUUUCUACUAGAACAAAUGGACAAGACAUUGAUAUGCCAUUGCAACAAGAUGGCAGCAUUAGCUUUUAUGAGCUAAAACCAGAACGUCAAUUCUAUCAAGAAAAUCCCAAGGUCCCACAAUUGGAGUGGAAAAGAUAUUUCAAUUAUACCAAACUUCCUGAUUUAGUGAAUCAUUAUGUAAGCAACUCUAAGGUUGAUGAAAAGGAAAUGACGUUAAGGGCUUCAUUUGCAGAUUUUUUGAAUGGGCUACUUCAAUUAGAUCCUUUCAAGAGAUGGACUCCAGAUCAAGCAAUACUUCAUCCAUUCAUAACAAACAAGGAAUUUACAACACCAUUUAUUCCACCACAAACGAAACAUUCUCUUGCGAACGCCCAACAGCUCAAAAGAUUACUUCCUCGUCCCUCUUUUCCUACUUCUCUUCCUCCUCAUUUAUUUGGUACAUCGAUAGGCACUCCAAAUCAAUCAUUCCUUUCUUAUGGACUUUCGCCUGUUACAGGUCCUGUUAAUUAUAACUCUGCGAAUGCUUCUCCAAUGACAAAUUCCUAUCUCAGACAAGCUUUUGCACCAAACUCUUUGGAUCCACAACAAAUACCGCUUGGUACAAGCCCAUAUGUUCCACAUAGCAUUCCAAUUUCCAACACAAAUCAAGUAUCAGGAAGUUAUAGUGGUAGCUUUGGAAGCUAUACACAAGCUUCUUCGUGGGGGUCCAAUAUCAACUGUCCUAAUGUCAAUAUGCACGGCAAUUACAUGGCUCCAUAUUCUUAUCAACCAUAUCAAGCGUCACCUAGCACAGGUAGUUAUUUGGGAAUGUCACCACAAGUGUUUGGUUCAUCAAUUUUAGGAUCAACACCUUCAGCUGCUGGUAGCUAUGGAAAUUCGUAUGGAAGAAGACGAAGCUCAGCAGCCAGAAAUCCUCCACUUCUUGAUGGAAAUAUCAGAGAGAGCAUGCAAGGCCUAUCACUCGAGGACAAUAACACCAAUGCAACAACGACACACUCUGGAAGAUCUAGAUCUUUCUCGAAUGGAGGCACCAAGCUCCAGACAAAUAAUUCUCAAAAAGUGUCGACUAAUAAGAGCAACGCAAACGUAGGCGGUAUCAAAGGCCAGCAGUCACAACAAGGCUCAAACACAGUAUUCUCUUCAAAGCCGCCAAAGCAUCCUCAAAAAUCUCCUACUGGAAGACAUCGUAGAAACGCUCAUAGCUCACAUAACUCAUCUUCUGACAAUAUUGAUGUGGGCGAGGGCAGCGAAUCAUGGGACCCAUUUUUCAAUAAUGACGAUACAGCAUCUAGCACUGGCAGUUUUAAUCCUUAUUUCAAUAGUUUUGACGAGGGAACCGAUAAAUCUCCGCUGGAUUCACGCCACCAGGAUUAUGCAGAAUCACCUUUGAACUCGAGCCUGCAUGCCUCUCCUCAGAAACAACAUUCGAAACCACUUUCUGUUGUUGGAACCUCAUCAAAGGUUCAUAACUCGUAUGAUGAUAAUAACCCAACGACUAGUUUUGGAUACUCCUCAAAGAACAGACCAACAACGACCUCUCACUCCACUGUUGCAAGCAAUAACAGUCAUCACAACAAGCAAAACAAGAACUUGAAGAAAAAACCAACGAAUAAUUAUUAA